CACAGCUCAGCAAUCAUGAAGUACAAUACCUUCACUCUCACCGCAGCCGGCCUCUUGCCCGUUGUCCUCGCCUCGCCUCAGCGCCCCGGCGGCGGCGGCGGCGGAGGAGGAGGAGAGGGAGGACCACCGGGAUAUGGAGACUGGUCGCAAUGGACCAGCGACAAUGGCGUCUCUGGCCUGCCUGGAGCGACCAACUCUGCAGAAUGGUCUAGCUGGGCAAGUGAAAACGGCCUCCCCACAGCCACUUCUGCGUGGUCUUCCUGGGCCUCUGCACAUGGAGGUAUGGGAGGCAUAUGGCCCACUUCCGCAUACUCGGAUUUUGCAUCGUGGACCAGCGCCGCUUCCCUGACAGCCAUGCCGACCGACAGCGCAGAGUGGGACAGUAUCACUUCUGCCCAUCCCCUGCCUAGCGACUUGACUUCUGCCGCCGGCGUCUGGAAGAGCGGAGGCUUCUCCGGCAACUGGCCUGGUGCGUGGACGACGAAUCCUGGCUGGGGCUUUGGCGGUGGACCGGGUGGCUGGCACGGAGGACCAGGCGCUGCAGGACCUUUCGGACAUGGUAAUGGCUGGGGCCGCGGACCUCUGGACAGCACUGGUUCUUGGACGAACGGACCAUGGACGAAGUGGUGGGGAACUCAGGCUUGUCCAGCAAGUACUUGGUCAGGCUGGACAGAGAACUCAUGGGGCUCAGCUCCUCCUUGGACAAGUUGGUCCGCUUGCACAGCCUCGACCACUGCUACGGCUACCACCACCCUCACCAUCACGGACAGUGCUGGAAGCCAGAUCACAUCCGUGAGCACCUCGUAUGGCAUCAAAGUCGCACAAGCUACUGGCAACACUGUUGCCACCACGACCGAUUCCAGCGGAAACAGCGUCACGACUACAAACUCUGACUCGGGAGCAAUGGCGACCAACUUUGCCUUUGCUGGCUCCGCUGCCGGUGUGAUUGGCAUUGCUGCUGCCGCCCUCAUGCUGUAGAUGUGAGGGCCAAGAAGAUUGAAGUCCCGCCAGGCGAAGAAGAGAGAGUCAAAGGGGGUGGGGGAGGGAGACUACGAACGAAGAAAGUAGGUAGUAUUCAAUCAACACAAAAGAAAAAAGCAUACUACACAGCAUGCAUGCAGCGAAGUACCCCCAAUCGAAUCGACGAAGAAGGAAACCACGAAGAAAUGAAAUUUUUUAAUGUCUUUGACGAC